GGGCUGGGGAAGUGGUCGGGGAUUGCUUCCCGUUUCCAUCCAAUAGAACGUCGAGUUGUCACAGGCGGAUGAAAUGGUGGGUGGGGGCUGUUGGCCCUCCUAACCAAUGGAAGACCCAAUGGGCGGGGAUUGAUCGUUCUCCCAACCAAUGGGAGACAGAGCUACCUGAGGCGGUCUCUCUUGAUUUUCACAGCCGGCGGCCAUUGAACGCUGAACGACGCUGAACUCUUUUUGGGAAUGGAGGCCGCCGAAGUGGAGUUCUUGGCCGAGCAAGAAAUGGUCACCAUCAUCCCCAACUUCAGCCUCGACCGGAUUUACCUCAUUGGGGGGGACCUGGGUCCCUUCAAUCCUGGGCUGCCUGUGCAAGUGCCGCUCUGGCUGGCUAUUAACCUGAAGCAGAGACAGAAGUGUCGACUGAUACCUCCAGAGUGGAUGGAUGUGGAAAAGCUGGAGCAAAUCCGAGAGCAGGAGCGCAAUGAAGACACUUUCACACCGAUGCCUAGCCCUUACUACAUGGAAUUAACUAAAUUGCUGUUGAACUAUGCUGCAGACAAUAUUCCAAAGGCAGACGAGAUCCGAACAUUGGUUAAAGAUACAUGGGACACUCGACUAGCAAAACUCCGGUUGUCUGCAGAUAGCUUUGUCAGACAGCAAGAAGUGCAUGCCAAGCUGGAUAAUCUGACGUUGAUGGAGAUCAACACAACUGGUGCUUUCCUCACCCAAGCUUUAGAUCACAUGUACAAGCUCCGCACAAAUCUUCAGCCUGGAGGGAGCACACAAUCCCAGGACUUUUGACAGCACAAAUCUGUACAUUGACUUUCUGUACACUGACUUUGCUCAACAGUCUUUCCUGAAUCUUAAAAUCAGUCACAUCUAUAGUAUUACUCACCUUUGGUAAGUUUCAUUGAAAGCAAAAAGUAUUUUGUGGUGAAUUUUGAUACAGUGUUUGGUAGUAUUUGCUUGUGGGCAAGUUGUGCAGCAUCUGCCAGGGUUACAAGGGAUCAGUUUGUUCUGAGGGCCAUGGCGUCUUGCUCCAACAACCAUCCUUAGUAAAUACAUGUUUUGAUCCAGCAGCAUCCAGGUGCCUGUGUUGCUGUGGCUGUCAUUCCAAAAUGAAUUGGUUAGAGUUCUUCACCAUCCUCUUUGCUGGAUGGUUUUAUUCCUUGUCUUAAACUAGGAGGAGGUGGAACCAAUUAGUCCUCUCUCCGAGGGAUCCAACUCCUCGGUGGGCCCUAUUUUCUUGUGCCUCCAGGAGAAAUGACUGAGUCUCUUUUAAACACCUGGCUGCACAGCACUCCUGUGGGCCUGCCUCAGAGUGAUAUGUAACUGCUAACCCAUCUUUCCAGAGUGGCAUAGUGCUGCUACUUGUUGUAGUCAAUUUGUCAGCUGUUCUUAUAUGUAAAGGCAUUCUUCCUAGCAAUACGGGAUCUUUUUCCUUGACAGCAACUACGCAAGUGUAGUGCUUUUGUGUAUGUGUGUCUGCUAAGAGGGAGAAUGAGACACUCGGUGAGGAAAUGGAUCCACAGAAAUGAGGCACAUCACUUGAUUUGGUUUGUCCUGUCUAUCUUAACCCUGUAUUCAAGAUUGUCCUCUUUUCUUUCCUCUAGUCUUUUGUUUGUUUCAGCUGGAUCUCAUUUUAAUUACAUAGUUACUCAUUGGCUGGUAGUGGCCAGGCCAUCAGACAUAUUAUGACUGUUCUUAGCUGUCAGAUUAUAAACUAUAGGAGAUACUAAUAAGAGAAGGGUCCAGGCUAAAUACCACUACACUGGUAAGUGCCAAUGAGAUGUUUUCUUAACUAGACAGCAGUUAAAAGGUGCCUUUGCUUAUCUCUCAAUACUGUGACCUCUGCUGGCUGGCCAUGGGAUAUUUCUCAUGAAAAAGGAACACCUAAAGAAAUGUAGCAUUUGUAAGUAUUGUGGUUUUGAUACCUUUUAGAGAAAUGUUUGGCAAAAACUGAAUGAAACACUUGAUACCUAGAAUGAAACAAUUGAUGUUUAGAAUGGAAUGAUGUUUGGAAUACAAAAAAAGUAGUAAUACA